AUGCGGCAAGAAACUCAUCUAAGAGCGGCCAAAACACAUCGACUGAUGGAUAGACGCUUCCCGGACAGCUUCCACAGCACUCACCCGACAGCACGCAAAGCAGGAGUGGCGAUUCUCCUGGCCUCCGACCUUCACUUCCACCGGAGUGACACGAUGGCCGACCCGAACGGCAGAUACCUGUUCGUAAAGGGGACGGUAGCCCAGAAGACAUACACGUUUGCUUCAAUUUACGCCCCAAAUACCAAACAAGCUAAAUUCUUCCGCAACACACUCCUCAAACUCGCCAACUUCACGGAAGAUGCCCUCAUGGUGGGAGGGAACUUUAACACUCCCCUAGACCCGAUCUUGGACUCGUCAAUAGGACAUAGCAGCAUCCCGCAAACAGCCAUUCGGACGAUCCGGAGGAUUCUGCGCGACAUGCGAUUGGUGGACACAUGGAGAAUCUUACAUCCGGAGGACCGAGACUACACGCAUUACUCGGCCAUGCACAAUAGGCACGCUAGAAUAGAUUACCUCUUUAUCCAGCAAGAAGAACUGCAAAGGCUACUGGAGGCAGACAUCCGCCCUACCCCAUGGUCAGAUCAUAGCGCAGUAUACAUGCGUAUGGAAUCACCCCUAUACAGACCAACCCGGACCAUCUGGCGUUUAAACUAA